CGCUCGAGCCAUUUGUGGGUCUCAAAAGCUCUGCCUAGCUCAUUGCCCUGCGCAUUCCGCUGCACCAUAGGCCAUGGGUUGCUCCAGCAGUGCGCAGAUGAUGCCGAUGAAAUCUGUCAAGCCACUUGCUGGUUUGGCAGCCAUGGAGCAGCAGCAUCCUGUGCGCCUGCCUUGCCUCCCGGGAGAUGUGCUCGUCAGCGGCAACCUGCCCAGGGAUGUUGUUGACAAGCUGGCAGGGUACUGUAAGGGCUGGCUCUACAUUGAGCCGGAGCAGGACCGGUGGUUCAUGCCGGAGUGCAUCCGGGAUCGAGGCUCAAAUCUGAAAUUGGUGCCCUUCAAACCCGGCAAGGAUAGUUCCAUAGGUGCGAUGCACAAGAUGUUUGCCGCCAUUACCAAGAUGCCACGACCUUUGAUGAUCCAGUGCAGCAGCGCGAACCGCGCCGCAGUCGCGCUGCUGCUUUGGAUGGCGCUUCGGUACGGCUACAGCAAGGCUUCUGUGAACCAGCUGCUGCAUGACCUGGAGUUCUACACCGUAAGGUCUGAAACAAAGCAGUGGCUGGAGAAUCAGCUGCCCGAGGUGGGCAAGGUGGAGCCUUUGAUCGCUCGCAGCCCGGAAGUGAUUCAACUCUAUGACGACGACACCACCAGGUUGACGUACGUCAUCGCUUGCCAAGUGACCCUGCAAGCCUUGCUCAUCGAUCCCGUGGAGCGGAAGGUGGACCGGGACUUGGCCUUGCUGCGAAGCAUGGGACUCAGCCUGAAGUAUGUGCUGAACACGCACGCCCACGCGGAGUAUGGCACCACGAGCAGCCUCCUGCGGCAGACGCAGCCGGGGCUGUGCACCGUCAUCUCUCAAGCCUCCGGUGCGGAUGCCGAUGUGCAGGUAAGCCACGGCCAGCGCAUCAACCUGGGCCUGCUGCAGCUGGAAGUGCGGGAGACACCCGGCCACACCCCGGGGUGCGUGACCUAUGUGCUGCGCACGCGCACGGCGACCUUUGCCUUCACCGGGAAUUCGCUGCUGAUCCGCGGCUGCGGCCAGACUGAUCAGGGGGAUGCCCGGCAGCUCUACCGCAGCGUGCACCAGCAGAUCUUUACACUUCCUGGCGAUGCCAUCGUGUGCCCUGGCUGCGACUCCAAAGGCCGCAGCGUCUCCACGGUGGAGGAGGAGCGGCGCUUCAACCGUCGCCUCACGAAGAACGAGGAGGACUUUGUGGAUCGGAUGGAGAAGCGGCACUUUUCGAGCCCUCAGCUGGCGGUGGGCCACGCCUUGUCGGACGAAAUGCCUUGCCCCCCUGUGCACAAGAAGCGGAGCUUGUCCUGCCCGGACUUUACCACGGGUGCCGCGACUUUGGCCUUUGACAUGCAGGAGAUGCUCGCCGAAGCUGUUCAAGAGCAGUGUACAGACGCUGUUCAAGAGGAAUUUUCAGAGAUACACAUCAGUUCGGUUUGAGACUCAAACCAACCAUGUACAGCCUGCCUUUACAACAAAGACAGUUUAGCUCUUCCAUGCUCAGUGACGUGAUUUUCAGGCCAGGAAGAUGUCCACGAGCGACCUCCAACCAGAACAGCCAAGGGUUGUUUCACAGUUGGAUAGACUGGCUUUAGUGCGUGUUCCCCUUUUCUAAGUAAUUGCUGGCCAGUGGUGCAGGUUAUUUCGUAGCGUGCACCGCAGUUAAACUGGGUCGCAACACAUUUUUUGUUCGAUGCCGACCUUUGCUCGCGGAGUAAUUCUUUGGAGAGCGCCUUCAAUGUGCAGCUUCUUGACAAGACUCCGGAUCAGAGGCAUGCUCGGAAGCCAG